CGGGGAGGAUCAAUGGAUGUAGAAAACGGGGCCGAGGGUGUUAAGUUUUAGCCCCGGGAGCCCCGGACCGCUACAACGCGGACAGCAGCCAGCCGCGCGCAGGAAGAGGAGGAGCCGACCGGGCAAGGGGGAGCCACCGCGCGGGCUCGGGGCUGGGUCGGAAAAGCUGCCUCACGGGCGCCCGCCCUCCGGCCCCUCCGCUCCUUCCCUUCCUCCCCGGGCCUCCCUUCUAGUCUCCGCUGCGCCCUCCCCGAGGCAGCGUUUGCAGCGGCCUUGCCAUGUCUCAGCCGGGCCAGAAGCCCGCCGCCUCCCCGCGGCCCCGGCGCGCUGCAGCGGCCCGCCAUACACAGGAGCAUGUCAGUGGAAAAACCAGUGGAUCACCUUCCAAGUCCGGAGAAAAGAAAGGAUCAGAUGAGAAAAAAGCAACAAGCCUUGAGAGCAGUCAGCCUUCCAGAACCCAUGCUGGUGGAACAGCCCCGGCCACCAAGGCAUCAGCUUCUUCUGCUUCCACCAGCAAGUCUUCCAGUAUGAAUCCCAUGGAAGCCAAGGCUGCAAAAACAGAACCUGAGAAGAAUCCACAGUCAACUAAGCCAUCUGUGGUUCAUGAGAAAAAAACCCAAGAAGUAAAGCCAAAGGAACACAAAGAGCCAAAGAGCCUAUCCAAGCAUGCAACAGAUACAGAAAGCAAGCAUGUUCAUAAGGAAAAAGCAGCGUCCAGAUCAAGUGAGCAGCUGACGUCAGAGAAAUCAACAAAACCAAAGACUAAAUUACAGGAUGCAGUUUCUGCCGGCCGGGAGGGCAUUGUUGCUGGGCUAGCUGCAGCAUCUGCCACCCCAGCUAAACAGAAAAAAGAAAAGAAAUCAUUAACGUCGGCUGUACCAGUUGAAUCCAAACCGGGUAAACCAUCUGGAAAGUCAGACAUGGACUCUGCUUUGGAUGACUUAGUAGACACCCUAGGAGGACCUGAAGAAACUGAAGAAGAUAACACAGUGUAUACUGGACCUGAAAUUUCAGAUCCAAUGACUUCUACCUACAUAGAGGAAUUAGGUAAAAGAGAAGUCACACUUCCUCCAAAAUACAGGGAACUUUUGGCAAAAAAAGAAGGUAUCACAGAGCCUCCUCCAGACUCUUCGAAACCCAUGGGGCCCAGUGAUGCCAUAGAUGCUUUGUCGUCUGACUUCACCUGCACUUCUCCUACCCCUGGUGGAAAGAAAACUAAGGAAGAGAAAUCCACAGAAGAGAUUUUAAAAAAAGCUCAGCCGGCCACGGUAAUCAAAAGUGCUGCUUCACCCCAAGAAAAGAAAAGAAAGUUGGAGGAGCAGGACACAAUGAGCGAUCAAGCACUGGAGGCUCUUUCAGCUUCGCUGGGCAGCCGGAAGCCAGAACCUGAGCUCGACCUCAGCUCCGUUAAGGAAGUCGACGAGGCAAAAGCCAAAGAAGAGAAACUAAAGAAGUGUGGUGAAGACGAGGAAACCGUCCCAUCAGAGUACAGAUUAAAACCAGCCACAGAUAAAGAUGGAAAACCACUAUUGCCAGAGCAUGAAGAAAAAUCCAAGCCUCUGAGUGAAUCAGAACUCAUUGAUGAACUUUCAGAAGAUUUUAGCCAGCCUAAAAGUAAAGGAAAACAAUCUAAGCCAUCUGAAAAAACGGAAGAAUCUCAGGCUGCUGCCCUAACUCCUGUGAGCGAGGCCGUGCCUCGGACUUCCAUGUGUAGUAUACAGUCGGCACCACCCAAGCCACCCACCUUGAAAGGCAUGGCGCCCGAUGAUGCGGUAGAAGCCUUGGCUGGCAGCCUGGGGAAGAAGGAAGCAGACCAAGAAGAUGUAAAGCCCAUGGCGGAUAAAGUGAAGGAGAAAGCCAAAGAAGAGGAUCGUGAAAAACUUGGUGAAAAAGAAGAAACCAUUCCUCCUGAUUAUAGACUAGAAGAGGUCAAGGAUAAAGAUGGAAAACCACUCUUGACAAAAGUGUCCAAGGAAUCGCUUCCACCCAUGAGUGAAGACUUCCUUCUUGAUGCUUUGUCUAAGGACUUCGCUGGUUCCCCAAACUCUGCAUCUCUUAAAUUUGAAGACGCUAACCUUCCUGCUGUCAUCUCUGAAGUGGUCUCCCAAACCCCAGCUCCCACCACGCACUCUGCCGGCCCACCCCCUGACACUGUGCAGAGUGACAACAAAGAACUAGACGAUGCGUUGGAUCAACUUUCUGACAGUCUAGGACAAAGGCAGCCUGAUCCAGAUGACAACAAACCAAUAGAGGAUAAGGUCAAGGAAAGAGCUAAAGCCAAACACAGAGACAAGCUGGGAGAAAGAGAUGACACCAUCCCCCCUGAAUACAGACACCUCUUGGAUAAUGGGGAGGGCAAACCAGCAAAGCCACCUGCAAAGAAACCCAAGGACUCAAAGAAACCUGAAGAUGACAAAGACCCCAUUGAUGCCCUGUCAGGCGAUUUUGACAGCUGUCCUGCACCCACAGGAGCCUCAGAGAACACAGCAGAGGACAAAGUCAAGAGAACUGCUCCCAGCACCAAAGCAGCCAAGAAUGGAGGUAAAGCAAAGGAGUCCGCCAAGGCAAAAGAGGAAACUUCCAAGCUAAAAGCUGAUGGAAAAAAUACAAGUUAAAGUUCACACUAUUUGGUAUCUGCCUAUAAAAUCUUCAGGUGGAUGGUGACUUUUGAAGGACAAAAGGUUUUGAACAACAGCAAAUUUUUCUGGGUGGCUUCUAAGACAGUGUUACUUGUCGAAUCUUGACAUCCUAAACAUUGGUUAUUCUUUUCCCAGAAAGAAAAUGAAUUUGUGUGGUUCAUCUGUGUUAUUGUACUGAGUGUUGAUAAACUUCGAAUUUUUAAAAAAUGCCUUCAGUUGGGAGAGAUGGGAACUUUAUAUUUCUACGAGAUAUAUUUGAUAGUUUCUUAAAGCAACACACAAAAAAAGGAAAAACCUUUGCAAACUUUUGCACAUUCUACACACAGUGCCUGUAAAUCUCAUUCAUAUUUUCAGUUAGCACUUAAUUCUUUUGUUGUGGUUAGCAUUUGGAAAACAAUGCUUUGAACAUGUUGAAUGUCCUGAUUUCUCAUGAUCCAUUUCCUCUUGGGCUUUGGAACUGUACUUGAGAUUUCUUUGGGUUACUGUUUAUAAGUCCCCCAACCUAAAAUAUUGUACAUUGGGCACAUUAUCUCCUCUUGGGCUGCUAAUAAAUUGAUAACCUGGACAGACCAGGAUGCGCUGCA